AUGGCUGCGGGGGACCGGCAGCAGCAGCGAUGCUGGAUGGUCUGCGCCCUGCUCCUGGCGCUGGCGGCCGCGGUUGGAGGCCAGAGCGUGGAAUUGAAGCCUCUUGGCUGCGACUGCUCGGAUAUCGACCCCCGAGAGGGAUUUGAUGGACCCCCCAUCGAAGGCACUUGCUCCUUGCAGCGCCAGUGGGGUCAAUGUGACGAGCCUUUUCUGCUGAACACCAUCGAAGAAAUUCCGGAAGGUUAUUGCCAGAUCACGUGUGGCCGGUGCCCAUGCUGCAAGACGUACAGGCAAAUCGCACUGGACGAGGGUUUCCAGGAGUUUGUGAAUGCGAUGGACGCUACGAACAUGGGAGAAUACCUGGACAACCCCGGCUUCAUGGCGUCGUUCCUGGUGCCUCCUGAGGGAUCCAUUUACGAAUGGCUGCAACCCAAGAGCAACGUGGCGAUCGAUGCGACGACACUCAGCGCAGCCGAGAAGGCCAACCUCCAGGCGCUGCUCCAAAUCCACAUCGUCCUUCCAGAGGCCCGGGCCAACGCGCCGUGGACCUCGCCCUUCUUCCUGGACGGCGUGCACAUGGCCACCAUGGAGGGCAGGGCGCUCGCUGUGAGGCAGACCGGCGGACAGGCCGUCAUUCUCAACGGCCAAACCAACCAGGUCAAUCUUCUGGGAGGGGACAAAGAGGCCUGCAAGGGCUUCUUACUCCUCGUGGACGGCGUGUUGACGCCAGAGCACAGCGGCAUUGACGCAUCGAACGUUCCAGGCGUCGAAGCCCAUUUGUUCGACUCCACGCCAUCCGCCCAGGACACUGACCCCACACUGCCGGCGUGGCCGGCGAACUACGGACCUUUGGGCUACCACGACACAGUGAACCCCGUCGUCGAGCCUCAGAGAGGCUGA